UGCUCGAGGGGCGGAGCGAGAGUAACAGGGCUGGUAGUGAAGGCAGGUCAUAGACAACAAGACGACAGAAAAUCUUCUUUAUACCUUUUAGAUUGGGAUUUUACUCACAUUUUACCAUAUCAUUCAUCGAACCAACCGAGAAGCGUCACCUAAUCACGAGAAGAGACCCAGGGAGUGGACGAGGAAGUCUGACCUGCGACCUGCUUUUUCUUCUGGUGAUCACAGCCAACUUUGCACCAUGUCCGGCCCUGUCUACCCUGUUCCUGGACAAAGUCCCUAUCCAAUGGCUGGACACUCCGUAGCACCUUAUCCAGUCCCAGGGCCAGGAUAUGGAGAUCCCAGCCAAGCUCCGCCCCCAGUAGGCUUUAAUAUGGGCUACAACCAAGGUCCUCCACCAGUCAUGUAUCAGCCAGGACCUGUGGGACCAGCCGUAGGUCCGGAGUAUGGAGGACCUCCAGGAGGGAUCGCACCUGCUCCCUCGGGGCCCGCUGUUCCUGUGGGAGUCCCACCAGGACUUGAGUACCUCACACAGAUUGACCAAAUCCUAAUUCACCAAAAAGUGGAACUCUUAGAAGCUUUUAUUGGCUUUGAAACCAAUAAUCAAUACGAGAUAAAGAAUAGUUUGGGCCAAAAGAUCUACAAGGCCAAAGAGAAGAACGACUGCUGCACCAGGAACUGCUGUGGCUCUCUGCGAAGCUUUGACAUGAAAAUCAAAGACAAUAUGGAUCGAGAAGUGAUCCGCCUGAUCCGGCCUUUUCGCUGUGUGUCCUGCUGGUGUCCCUGCUGCCUACAAGAGAUGGAGGUCCAAGCCCCACCUGGCACCACAGUAGGCUAUGUCAAACAGGACUGGCACCCCUGCCUGCCCAAAUUUUCCAUUCAGGGCCCCAAUAAAGAGACCCUAUUAAGACUAGAGGGGCCCUGCUUUGCCUGCAACUGCUGUGGAGAUGUCAACUUUGAGUUAAAAGGAAAAGAUGGAGACCACAGCAUUGGUCGCAUCAGUAAGCAGUGGAGUGGCCUCUUAAAGGAAGUCUUCACUGAUACAGACAACUUUGGCAUCCAGUUUCCCAUGGACUUGGAUGUAAAGAUGAAGGCCGUGCUGAUGGGCGCCUGCUUCCUCAUUGAUUUCAUGUUCUUUGAGAAGGUUGGCGAGGCAAACCAACGCAGCACUGUAUUUUCAUAGAAGAACAGGCCACAACAUGGGAGCUCGGACUUUCGGGUUGUGUUUCCUUCUUUUUUACAGACUCCUACCAAAGUAAAUCCUUAUUUUUUUAAUCAAUCACAGUAACAAAGAGUCUCUCAUAGACCAAGCUUCAACCAAAUACAUGCAUAUUUGCAGUAGCAGGACUGUGCAAAUGUUUUAACAAUCUACUAAAAUCCUAUUUUCUAAGAAAGCUUGACUAGAUUUUCAUAUUGGCUUUUAGGUAAUUGUCCAAAGACCAAAUCUCCAUGGAGAUGUUAUUGCUUUGUCUGGAUGUUCCAUGGUAUGACUUUAAACAUAUUCAUCCACCAUUUAUUCACAAGUGUUUUUUAUUGCUCAAAAACACAAUAAUUCCUUCUGUGAAUAGGGGCGACUCACCACAGGUCUGAACUGUAAUGUUCAGUUCUGAUAGGUAGGUUUAAUCAAUAUAGUGGAACAUUCUAGACAAAGCAAUAACAUUUCCAUGGAGACAUCAGGUGUGCUGACCCUUCACUAGAAAUGUUAUGCAGUGCACCUUUAAACUAAACUCACUAAAUACAAUUUUGAGUUUUAGCAAGCUUGUCUUCCUCUGUUUUUAGAGUAUAUAUUGACUGUAAUCUUGAUUAAACGUUUGCACACUACUAUGUAUAUCUAUCAAAUUUCAUUAAGCAGAUUUUUUUGUUUCCUUUCAAACAUUUUGUGCCUGCAGAAAUGGGAGCAAUGUCAAAAUGUAUAUAAGAGUUUAACCUAUUGUUAUUUCAGAGUAUAAUGCUUGUGCCUAUCUGUUAGUAUACUAAUGUUCUUGGUACAAUACUGACCUGUAAUGUUGAAACUGUAAUAACUAUAUGUGUACUACUAACAUAAGAGCAGGGGGAGGCAUUAUAAUAUGGCGGCUACAAGUGAAAAGAAUAAGAGGAUGUUAAGUCUGUGGCAGUGCACUUAGUAACAGUGUUUACAAAUAUAUUUUUUUCUCUGACUCUCAAUGUAAAUUCUCACUGGGUGUCACGGUUACUUUAUUGCAGAGACUUAACUUUGACCGUCCAAAAGAGAAACAUGCAAUGAGCAAGUAUAGAUUUAGCAUUCUUGAUCAUAAUCUUGUAUGGGAGAAAAUCAUGUUGAAACACGGAAGUUGUGGUUUGACACUGGGUUGCCAUCCAUAAAUAUUAGUUAAAGCAUGAUGAAAAAACUUAAAAUAUUACAGGUUUAGUAGGCCAGUUUGAACCAUUUUCAGAACAUGUGUUGUGAAUUAAGUGCCUUUGACUGAAGUCUGAAGUCAUCUGUCUGUCUUAACAUGUAUUACACUAUUGCCACUUAAAAACUCUUACCUCCAAACCAAUACCUAAACAAGCCAAUAUUUAGAAAUAUUAUUCACUCUGUUUAAAUGUUUGUGUUAAUAUGCAGUUCAUAUAGUCUGCUGUUUUGUGUCUUUUUUUGGAUGGUUCAAAUUACUUUACAUGUAAAAUGUGAUCUUAGAAAUAAAAGUAUCGCAAUAUUC